AUGCAGAGAGCUCUGGGGCUUGAGGCAACAAAGAUCAUGGCAGGGUUCAAGCAGCCUGGUGUGAAGGAGCAGGGAUGGGAUAGGGGCACCGAGCGGGCCCCGUGGCCCUGCCCGGGACCUGAGGGAAGGGGCUAUGAGCGCUUCUCCUCGGAGUACCCUGAAUUCUGUGCAAAAACCAAGUCCCUGAGCAAUGUGUCACCCCCCACCAGUGCUGAGCCCUUGGAUUUGGGCUGUAGUUCCUGUGGGACCCCUUUUCAUGACCAGGGUGGGCCUGUGGAAAUCCUUCCCUUCCUCUAUCUUGGCAGCGCUUACCACGCAGCCCGGCGGGACAUGCUUGAUGCACUGGGCAUCACAGCCCUGCUGAACGUCUCCUCAGACUGCCCCAACCACUUUGAGGGGCACUACCAGUACAAGUGUAUCCCUGUGGAGGAUAACCACAAAGCUGACAUCAGCUCCUGGUUCAUGGAGGCAAUUGAGUACAUUGACUCAGUGAAGGAGUGCUGUGGCCGGGUCCUGGUGCACUGCCAGGCUGGCAUCUCCCGCUCGGCCACCAUCUGCUUGGCGUACCUGAUGAUGAAGAAGCGCGUCAAGCUAGAGGAGGCCUUCGAGUUUGUCAAGCAGCGCCGGAGCAUCAUCUCCCCAAACUUCAGCUUCAUGGGGCAGCUGCUGCAGUUCGAGUCACAGGUGUUGGCCACUUCAUACGCAGUGGAGGCCGUCAGCCCCUCGGGGACGCUGCGGGAGCGGGGCAAGGCCACCUCCACCCCCACCUCGCAGUUUGUCUUCAGCUUCCCAGUGUCUGUCGGUGUCCAUGCCACCCCCAGCAGCCUCCCCUACCUGCACAGCCCCAUCACCACGUCGCCCAGCUGUUAGCUCAGGGCCGAGGCCAGCCGGGCAGGCAGUGCCAGGCGUGUAGGGGGCGUGGAGCCCUGUGAUGUUAAGCAAUAGUGCCGGACACUGCCAUUCACGCUGGACUCGACAUCUUUUUCGUAGAGAAAUUUCUUACCUCAUCUUGGUUUGUUUGCUUUUUAUUGUUAUGUUUUGAAAGCACGAAGUUGUAAAAGCCACAAACCUUGACAUUGUCCAGGCUCUUUGGGGGAGGAAAAAAAUAGGGUACUGGGUUUCCUCAAGUGCCUGGUCUUGAUGUGUUUCCAUCCCCAUUUUACUGUCUUGUUUUUUUACACCUCCCCCUCUCCCCAUGUUUCUGCCCCCAGCUCAUCUAGGUUGACAUGGGAGCAUACCCUGUUUUUAUUGUGCAGCAGCCUGUCCCCUUGCAGAGAGACCUGUGUGUGUGUGGUGGGUGCUGCUUACCUGAGCCAGGUACGCUUUGGACAAGCAGAGCUGCAGGCAGGACCUUGGGGUGAGCAGGAGUGGUGGCACAAGGCUGCCUGCACUCAACCCCAGCCCUGCCAGUGGCUGGGGAGAUGAGGCAGGACCUGGCAGGCACCUGCCAAGUCACCAGCUGAGCCUAUUCCAAUGGAAGAAAGCAAUCUCUGUGGUUGGGAAGUAGUUUGGAGGGAGAGAUGUAGCCUGAAAUGCCUAUUUUCUUGCCUCUGUGGAUCACUGGUUUCUACAAAACUUGGGUCCAAUCUCCUGUGGCUUUAAGAUGAGAAAGAAGGGCUGCUUUUGAUUACUUUGUUCAGUUUCCUCUCCACGGGUCCCACUGCUGCUCUCCUUCCAAAAGAGGAUGUCCUGGGACAUGGGUGGGCUGUAGUCACGGAGAGAGAAGCUGUGGGGUGGAGGACAGGCUGGCCCAGAGGUGUCAUUCAUCCAGCAUUUUCAAGCUUCUCCCACCUCAUGACCAGCCCUUUUCCUGUGCUGAGUCUUGUUCACCUGUGCAACAUUUCUGCAGCUUUUGGUCCAAGCUUUGAAAAUGCCUCAUCUUCAACCCACCUGGAGCCUUAUUUCCCACCCUACCUCUGCCCUUCCCUCCAGUCCAACACACAAGAUGCCUGUGUGGCUGAUGUACAUAUGUAUGGUUUUGUUCUUUUUUUUUUUCUAGAGAUUAACUUUUUAUUUAUUGCCUGAGGGAGGGAGAAAACACUGUUUGAAGAAAAUAAAAAUAAAACUGUUUUCAACA